AUGCCCGGCGGCAAGGGAAAGUCUUCUGGGGGCAAGAGCUCCGGCGGCAAGACCAGCGUCGAGGGUCACAAGAAGCAACAGAGCCACUCGGCUCGAGCUGGUCUUCAGUUCCCCUGCGGUCGUGUCAAGCGUUUCCUCAAGCAAAACACUCAGAACAAAAUGCGAGUUGGGGCCAAGGCUGCCGUCUAUGUCACCGCCGUCCUCGAGUACCUGACCGCCGAAGUACUGGAAUUGGCAGGCAAUGCUGCCAAGGACCUCAAGGUCAAGCGUAUCACUCCUCGCCACCUGCAGCUCGCCAUCCGCGGUGACGAAGAGCUGGACACCCUGAUCCGUGCCACCAUCGCCUUUGGUGGUGUGCUGCCGCACAUCAACCGCGCGCUGCUACUCAAGGUCGAACAGAAAAAGAAGAAGGCACAGGCCGUCGAGGCAUAA